AAGUCUCUGAGUGGGACUGACAAGUUUGAGCUGUGAGCAGUUUAUAUUAACGACUUGGUUGGGUUUAGAGCAGUUAUAUACCAGUCCGACCCAAGGGAUAUAACGCAGUCAUGACAGCGGUCUUCAUUGUUACGCUUGCAGCAUUUUUCUUCCUGAAGUCAGCUUCGACAGCGGAUGAUGAUGGAAGUGUUGGUCAGCCGCGUUAUCCAGUUGGGGAUUUUAGGAACUGUCUCCUUCAGAAAGGCGUCAACAGAUUCGAAGCCCUCCCCGGUGGUGGCUGGGACAAUCUCCGUAAUGUUGAUAUGGGACAGGUGGCGUUUAUGAACUACAGCCAGUGCUUGAUGACCGAAGACGGCCAGUAUCUCAUCCCGGAUACCACAUACGCCGUACCCCAGAAGCGAAGCCAGGUUGAGACGUUUGGCGAGCUGAUCGAACACUGGAGUAACUACACCAGCAUCACGUCAUCUUCGAUCAACGCGGAUGCAUCUUUCUUUUCGGUUGUGAGUGGGUCGUUCUCGGAUGAACACCAAAGCAUCAAAAAGCACCAGGUCAACGAUAAGUCCAUCACGACAAGAGUCAUGUUACGUCAUCACAUGUAUUCCAUCAGGAUGGAACCGGAUACCCAACUACACCCGAAAUUCAAAGCGAGGCUGAUGGACAUUGCGGCUCACAUCGCGAACAAUAAUACCAAGAUGGCGGACUAUCUUCUGCAGCUGGUUGUCAGGGAUUAUGGUACUCACGUGGUCACGGCCGUAGAAGCGGGCGCAACCCUUGCCCAGGUGGACCAAAUCAAGAGUACGUUCUCAUCUGAUUAUGAGAACCAGAAGAGCGCAAUCAAGGCGUCAGCCAGUGCCUCCUUCUUCGGGAAAAUCGGAUUAGGUGGGGGAUUCAGUCAUUCCACCAGUGAGACCUUCUCCAACGAGUACCUCAGCAAUCGGACCUACUCGAAGAUCCUCACGUACGGUGGACCGCCAUACCGGGUAAACUUCACCAUAAAUCUAUGGGAGGAUGGCAUCAAUAAUGGUUUGGUUGCCAUUGACAGAGCAGGGGAUCCAUUGCACUUCGUCGUCACCCCGCAAAACAUGCCCGAAAUACCGCAACCAACCCUCAUUGAGGUGAUCACGGGUCUGGAGAAGAUGAUCAACCGCUACUACAAGUUCAACACAUACCGGGGAUGUACCAACCAGGACAGUGAAAACUUUAACUUCCAGGCCAACCUGGACGAUGACUCAUGCAAGGCGCCGAGUACAAACUUUACUUUUGGAGGCGUCUACCAGACCUGCAGUAUGCGCCCUGGCUCCAAUGCUGGGGACCUCUGCGGCGAGAUUGCACAAAAAAACCCUCUCUCUGGAGAUUAUAGCUGUCCUGCUGGCUACGAAUCGAUCUACCUGAACGAAGGGACAAUGUCUAAAAACUACAAGCGUUGGCAGUGCCACCGUUCAUGUCAUAGGUGUUGGCUCGUCGCGACAUGUUGCCAUGACGAGUGCGGGAAUGCGUACUACUCCAGUGCUGCCACCUAUAAAGCGUACUGGUGCGCGGCCACUGGUGAAGUGCAGCAGAAUUCCGGUUUCCUGUUCGGUGGGAUUUUCACGAAGACGAGCUCGAACCCGUUGACCAAGACGCAAGGCUGCCCAGUGCGGUUCUACCCCCUGAGGCUGGGCGAGUUCAUGAGAGUGUGUGUGAGCGAUGACUAUGAACUUGGCUACCGAUACUCAGUACCCUUUGCCGGCUUCUUCAGCUGCAGAACCGGGAAUCCACUCGUCUUCAAUUCGCACCUAAAGUCACAACUAAAGAGCAGCGGUGAACUGUCUCUCAGCGGUUAUGUGCACGCAUCCGGGCCAGGAUCAUGGCCUCACCGAUGCCCGUCCGGCUAUAGCCAGCAUCUCGCCACAGUUGACGCAAACUGCGAGAUUGACUACUGCGUGAAAGCGAACGCCUUGAUAGACCAGGGCCUGCCCAAUGUCCGUAGACCGCCAUUCAAUCCUCUACCCGGAUUAGAAUUGAACCAAACCGAUCUGCUCUUCAUCAUAGGCCCGGCCAAGCGGGUCUGGGUCAAGAACGACUCGACUCAACUCUGGUCGCGUUCAAGCUUCACUGAACUGGAAAAACUUCACCUAAUGGAAAAACAGGAAGUGGUAAUGGAUAAGACGACAGAUGGUGGCCAGGUUGCUGGUGUCACAAUAGGUGUCACUGCAUUCGUCGGUUUGAUUGUAGUUAUCGCUUUUCUCGGUUGGCGGCGCCACACUAAGCAUGUCUCGCUGUACCGGAAGAGAGAUGAUGGACUGGAACUCGACAAUGUGUGUAGUAAGGCUCCUUAUGGUACAUUCAGAGAAGAUUCCAGUACUUCUUUGAAUGUUGAUGACAUGCCGGCAGCUCAAGUCUAAACUCACCUCACAGAGCAUUGCCAACCACGUUCAGCUGCUGACUAUUUGGCCUCGGCUAGAAGAGAGUUUAAGCGUCUCUCUCUGUUUCCCAUUGUUGAAAACAGCCGAUCCCUCGAGCUUGCUUUGGGGGAAAACAAUUAGAUUUCACCGGUGUGACGGAAAUGCAACUCCCCUAGAAUACACGUCUCAAUGAAAUAUAUUUCAUUCUUUACUCUAGACUGAAACAGUAAUUGAUGUUCGAUCCAAGACAAUACCUUAAAUAGAAGAGACAAUUUUGACUCGACUUCAUGUUCCCAUUGGCCAAAUAUACUAGUUCAUCCUUUUUAAACAUUGAAUGUAUUGUCGGUCUCAAUCUCGCCAUGUUUUUAUGUUUUUAAAUCACUGAUAAAUGUUUAUAAGUUUCAAUAUCUUCAAUAGCAUUCCGCGACGUUACUAUUUAUAGCUCACAAGGUCAUUUGAAUAAGAUAUUGAUGACGUUUUAGUCACGUGACAGUCGGACAUCGAC